AUGCCCCAGUUCAGUUAUACUGUUACCGGCCGCUGGAUCUACUCCUGUGUCGUGCUGCUAGUUUUCCUGCUCGUCCCGAGCGAGGCAGGGUGUCAGGACACGGGUUUUUGCUGCACCGGCCACGACCGGUCGUGCGUCAGUAAGGGAUGGAGAGCUGACCGUUCGUAUGGCACAUGCUAUUGCGACCAGGCUUGUACCUCUACUUUGGACUGCUGUCAUGAUUAUGAACUCGCCUGCCCAGGUAAGUUUCACAUACACUAUACAAAAGUAUGUGGACAACCUUCAAAUUAGUGGAAUCGGCUAUUUCAGCCACACCCGGUGUAUAAAAAAAGAGCACACAGCCAUGUAAUGUCCAUAGACAAACAUUUGGAGAAGGAUGGCCUUUACGAAGAGCUCAGUGACUUUCAACGUGGCACCAUCAUAGGAUUCCACCUUUCCAACAAGUCAGUUCGUCAAAUUUCUGCUCUGCUAGAGCUAUAAGUGCUGUUAUUGUAAAGUGGAAACGUCUAGGAGCAACAGCGGCUGGCUCAGCCGCUAAGUGGUAGGCCACACAAGCUCACAGAACGGGACCCCCGAGUGCUGAAGCGCGUAGCACAUAAAAAUCGGCUGUCCUCGGUAGCAACACUCACUACCUAGUUCCAAACUGCCAAUGGAAGCAACGUCAGCACAAUAACUGUUGGUCAGGAGCUUCAUGAAGUGGGUUUCCAUGGCCGAGGAGCCGCAUACAAGCCUAAGAUCGCCAUGCAUAAUGCCAAGCGUCGGGCUGGAGUGGUGUAAAGCUCACCACCAUUGGACUCUGGAGCAGUGGAAACGCGUUCUCUGGAGUGAUGAAUCACGCUUUACCAUCUGACAGUCCGAUGGACGAAUCUGGGUUUGGCGGAUGCCAGGAGAACACUACCUGCCCCAAUGCAUAGUGCCAACUGUAAACUUUGGUGGUGGAGGAAUAAUGUUCUGGGACUGUUUUUCAUGGUUCGGGCUAGGCCACUUAGUUCCAGUGAAGGGAAAUCUUAACGCUACAGCAUACAAUGACAUUCUAGACUAUUCUGUGCUUCCAACUUUGUGGCAACAGUUUGGGGAAGUUCCUUUCCUGUUUCAGCAUGACAGUGACCCCGUGCACAAAGCGUAAUCCAUGGAAAUGGUUUGUUGAGAUCGGUGUGGAAGAACUUGACUGGCCUGCACAGAGUCCUGACCUCAGGGCACUCUACCAUUGAGUCAUGCUUGUACUUGCUUUCAUUUACCCCUGCCGUGUCCUCAUGCUCUCCUGUCCUGUCCUGUCCUCAAGGCCCGGUCUAGCCUUUUGGGGUCCCUAUGCGAGAUUUAGUAGAACAUUCUACAUAUUUUGCCAUGACUUAUGCCAUGUUAAAAUGACAUCUGAGUGAGAUUGACUAACAAAAUCAAUGGUGGCCCCUGGAGGUCAGAUCCAUUACAUUUUGUCAUUUAGCAGACACUCUUAUCCAGAGCAAUUAGUGUUAAGUACCUCGCUCAAGGGCACAACGACAGGUUUUUCACCUAGUCAGCUUGGGGAUUCAAACCAGCAACCUUUAGGUUACUGGCCUGAUGCUCUUAACCACUAGGCUACCUGCAGCUGGCCCCUGGGCAUGCUGGCUAGAAUAACUUACCAAUCUAUACAUUUUUAGUGAGUGAUAAUUGAGUGACUGUCAUUGACUGACAUAACAAAAGCAAAAGUGAUGACGCACAACCAAAUUUCAAAGCUGCACCUUGUGUAUUCAAAUAUUCUAACUCUCAACAGUAAGUUGAGACCCUGACUGAGUUCCAAAAAAAGAAUAUAUGUUGCUUAUGCCUGGAGCUGGCCCUGCAUGUCCUCCCCCUCCGUCCUAGCGGUGUCCUGUGUGGUGAGUGAGUGGACUGCGUGGUCUGGCUGUGGUGAGCCCUGCAGGGCCACAGUUCGGAUAAGGAGCAGGCAGGUCCUGCAGGAGCCCCAAAACGGGGGGGAAACCCUGUCCACGCGUGGAGGAGGACGCAGGCUGUGCAGAGUACAGGAACCACCACCGGCAGUGCAGCAAAUCACUAGGUAAGCACCACAGCCAUAUAAUGUACCAAACAGUAAGAACACCUUCCUAAUAUUGAGUUGCACCCCCUUUAGCUCACAGAUCAGCCUCAAUUCGUCAGGCAUGGACUACAAGGUGUCAAGUGUUCCACAGGGAUGUUGGCCCAUGUUGACUCCACUGCUUCCCACAGUUGUUUCAAGUUGGCUGGAUGUCCUUUGGGUGGUGGACCAUUCUUGAUACACAUGGGAAACAGUUGAGCAUAAAAACCCAGCAGCGUUGCAGUUCUUGACACACAAACCGGUGCACUGGGCACCGACUACCAUACUCCAUUCAAAGGCACUGAAAUCUUUUGUCUUGCCCAUUCACCCUCUGAAUGGCACAUACACAAUCCAUGUCUCAAUUAUCUCAAGGCUUAAAAACCCUUAUUUAACCUGUCUCCUCACCUUCAUCUACACUGUUUGAAGUGGAUUUAACAGGUGACAUCAAUAAGGGAUCAUUGCAUUUACCUGGUCAGUCUAUGUCAUGUAAAGAGCAGGUGUUCUUAAUGUUUUGUACACUCAGUGUAUAUUGCCUUAGGGUACAUAUCUAAAUGGCUCUGGUAAGGACCAUACCCAUAUGCCUUUAAUGGGCUCUUGUCUCUGUCAGAUAUCCCUCUGUCUUCAAGUAAAGGUUACAUUUCCAGGUCUCCCUUGCAGAAGAUGUCUUCUGACCUCAAUGGGCCUACCUGGUUAAAUAAAAAACAUGUUGUGUGUGUGGGAGCUAAAGCUGUGGUAUUGUUGUCAUGGUUUUGUCAUUAUGGAUGUUGUCUUUGCAGUCCCGGCUCUCAUCACUACCGGUGACUAUGGCAAUGCCAGGAAGAAGAGAGACAUCCCAGAUAACGAUGAUGUCCAAGGGUGAGAGAUCCGGUCUAUGUGUUUGUGUCCUUCUAAAGUAUUCCUGUCAUAUGUUCUGACCCCUGUGCGUAUAUGAAUGUGUUGUGUACCGCACAGGAGGUUGGUGUCACCUUAAUUGGGGAGGACGGGCUCGUGGUAAUGACUAGAGCAGAAUAAGUGGAAUUGUAAUCAAAUACAGCAAACACAUGGUUUGAUGCCAUUCCAUUUGCUCCGUUUCAGCCAUUAUUAUGAGCCGUCCUCCCCUCAGCAGCCUCCACUGUACUGUGAAUGUGAUUGUGUGUGGGUGUGUGUGUGUGUGUGUGUGUGUGUGUGUGUGUGUGUGUGUGUAUAAUGUGUAUACUUAUCCAGGUACUGUGUGCAGUUCCAGCUGACCUCCCUGACCCCUGGGUGCCAGCGUAGUGUGGGGCCACACACCCGCUGGAUGCAGUACCUGAAGGAGGGCCACCAAGUUUGUGUGGAGUGCCAGCCUCCAGCCCUCGCUGCGGGGCAGACACACUGCUCUGGAGACGGAGAUAAGGACGAGGAGGAGAGGUAAGACGAGGGGAGGAGGGGAGGAGGGAGGAGAGAAAAUGAGAGCUUGAUGCUAUACAUAUGUGGUAAAGAUAUUAGGACAUUCCGUUUAAAUCAUGUUUACAUACUAAUAACCCAAUGUUGGGUUUCUUGUUUGAAGAGUCAGAUUUCAGCCACUAGGUGUCAGUCUUAGUCUAGACUAGUGCCUCAUAUAGAAACUGUCUAGUAAAUAACAGUCUCUCUUGCUCCUGCCCUCCUCUGCAGUGGCAGGCAGUCUCUGCAAUGGCAGGCGGUGGGUAACCCCAGGUGUCGUGGUGUGUGGAGGCGUGUCGGGAGACUAGACUCCUGCUCCUGUCCCACCAUCCACAGCUUCGGACAGACCGGACAGCACAUGGAUCAGGCAUAAUCAAAAAGCAGCACAGACAGUGCUGUGUGUGCAUCCGUAUGGACUGGCCCAUACCAGUGUCUCACAUAACAAUUGAUAUGAAACCUCUGCCAACAAUUUAAUCUUGAUUAUGUGGCUGAUUCGGCUAAUUUUGUUCUCUGGUUGGACAGAAUCGUUCUUCCGAAGAAAUGGUAUUGUAGAUUAUUUUCUAAGAGUAUGUAACUUUUUCUUUGUAUCAGCAAAAGCCUUCGAUAAUGCCUGUAAUACAUGUAAAUAAUCAAAAAUCAAACCAUUAAUUAAUUAGACUUUUAUUUAAUUUUCAGUCAUCCAAGGGAAUGUUGCCUUUCUAAAAGAAAUAGAAAGAUCUUGGGACAUUGAGACACUUUUUACAGGACAGGUAAACUGCCGUUGUGCAUGUGUUUCACACCCAGUCACGGCUACAAAUUUACGACAUGCAUCGAUCGAACAACAGAACAUUUAUACAGCAACAACUUACAGCAUUAGAAAGUCAACAGGUAGAAAUGUUACAAAACAAAUAGUAGCCUGGAGACCUACAAACAACAGUAGAAGAAGAGGUGGGGAAAGUCAGAAAGUCUUGAAUCUUUUUUUUCCUUCAGUUCCCUGGAAUUUGUGUAUGUUACAAUGACAGUUUGGGAAUGACUGUUUGGGAUCAAUUUCAUCUCUUUCAAAUCUAUUCAAUUUCCAAAUCCAAUUCUUGAAUUGAAUUAUAAUGUACCAAAGCAUUUCAAAUGGACCACUACCCUGAAAUCCAACAUCAAUUUCAAUGGCAUUUGUAUAAUUCCUAAAUUGUAUGUUUUUCAUAUCUUAUCAAAAAAAGAAGAUAAAUUAAAAAAAGUAACUUGAUUGUGCUUUCUCAUUAAAACAUAACACUUAUGAAUCCUUUGACAUCAGAAACCCUCUUGUUCAGGACUAGUAAAAGUUAAAGCUAUUGUAUGCUACAGGACGUUUGGGUGACUCAUUCAGAGAUGGAGAGAGACUGAUGUAUAAAGUGCCCUUUAAGAAAAAAACACAAAGACUAGCAGCAAAUUUACAUUAACCUUUUUAAACAUACUGGUCAGUGGUCACAGUAUAGCAGUAAACACAUUUCACCUUGUCAGAACAUUGUCCAGAAUCAUUCUACCAAAACAAAAGAUGUAAAGACUAUCAGUAGAUACUUCCUUCCUGUCAGUGUCUAUGAUUGUCAUCUUUUUUUAAAGGAUAUUUGACCAAACAUGACAAAACCAGUCCCUGACUCCCACUAUGUUAUUCUUACAGUGGGAGCAUAACUUGAUGCCUGGUUAUGUGAAACAUAGGGGACAGCAUCACAACUCAGUAUUAGAUAAUGCUCAAUAUCAGAGCCAAGCACGAGAAGCCCCGCACAGUGCAGAGGACAGACAAUUUAACGAGAAGAAUUUGAAAUGCAUUGUGAACAUAAAACAGUGACACUGUAUGUCCCCCUUACAGUUCAAAUCAUCCAUCCCACUGGCACAGACAGCAAUUCAACGUCUAUUCCACAUUGGUUCAGCGUUGAUUCAACCAGUGUGCCCAGUGGGAUGUUAACAUUAACCAGGUUUCCAGCCAAACUUUUUAUGCGAGUAAAGUACAUGUCGGAUGGAAACAGCAAAUUUGUCGGCAAACUAUCCAAAUGUCGACAAAACAGAAUAUGCUAGACAAGGUGGCAUCUUUUUGUGUUGGUAAAAUGAAUUUUGCAAUAAUUGGUGGUGGAAACCGUUUAUGGCAAAUAUUAAUAAUAACCAUCAGAUCUAAGUAAAUCUAGAGUCAUGCGAUAUGUUGUGUGGUCCUCCCACUAUGAGUAGGGCAUGCGAUAUGUUGUGUGGUCCUCCCACUAUGAGUAGGGCAUGCGAUAUGUUGUGUGGUUCUCCCGCUAUGACUUGGGAAAGCAUACAGUUUAUUAGGCUACAGAUGAAAGAAAUGAUGGUGAACUUCACAGGGUGGUGAAAGUGCAAGGUGAUGAGCUUGCUCCUUUCCAAUAAAUAUAGAGGGUCUCAUUCUAGUGACAUGAUGAUCGAUGCUUGGCUGCCGUUUGACAAAUAAAUCCAUAAUAAUCUCAUCAUCAUGUAGGUACAGUGGGGAAAAAAAGUAUUUAGUCAGCCACCAAUUGUGCAAGUUCUCCCACUUAAAAAGAUGAGAGAGGCCUGUAAUUUUCAUCAUAGGUACACGUCAACUAUGACAGACAAAAUGAGAAUUUUUUUUCCAGAAAAUCACAUUGUAAGAUUUUUUAUUAAUUUAUUUGCAAAUUAUGGUGGAAAAUAAGUAUUUGGUCAAUAACAAAAGUUUCUCAAUACUUUGUUAUAUACCCUUUGUUGGCAAUGACACAGGUCAAACGUUUUCUGUAAGUCUUCACAAGGUUUUCACACACUGUUGCUGGUAUUUUGGCCCAUUCCUCCAUGCAGAUCUCCUCUAGAGCAGUGAUGUUUUGGGGCUGUCGCUGGGCAACACAGACUUUCAACUCCCUCCAAAGAUUUUCUAUGGGGUUGAGAUCUGGAGACUGGCUAGGCCACUCCAGAACCUUGAAAUGCUUCUUACGAAGCCACUCCUUCGUUGCCCGGGCGGUGUGUUUGGGAUCAUUGUCAUGCUGAAAGACCCAGCCACGUUUCAUCUUCAAUGCCCUUGCUGAUGGAAGGAGGUUUUCACUCAAAAUCUCACGAUACAUGGCCCCAUUCAUUCUUUCCUUUACACGGAUCAGUCGUCCUGGUCCCUUUGCAGAAAAACAGCCCCAAAGCAUGAUGUUUCCACCCCCAUGCUUCACAGUAGGUAUGGUGUUCUUUGGAUGCAACUCAGCAUUCUUUGUCCUCCAAACACGACGAGUUGAGUUUUUACCAAAAAGUUCUAUUUUGGUUUCAUCUGACCAUAUGACAUUCUCCCAAUCCUCUUCUGGAUCAUCCAAAUGCACUCUAGCAAACUUCAGACGGGCCUGGACAUGUACUGGGGGACACGUCUGGCACUGCAGGAUUUCAGUCCCUGGCAGCAUAGUGUGUUACUGAUGGUAGGCUUUGUUACUUUGGUCCCAGCUCUCUGCAGGUCAUUCACUAGGUCCCCCCGUGUGGUUCUGGGAUUUUUGCUCACCGUUCUUGUGAUCAUUUUGACCCCACGGGGUGAGAUCUUGCGUGGAGCCCCAGAUCGAGGGAGAAUAUCAGUGGUCUUGUAUGUCUUCCAUUUCUUAAUAAUUGCUCCCACAGUUGAUUUCUUCAAACCAAGCUGCUUACCUAUUGCAGAUUCAGUCUUCCCAGCCUGGUGCAGGUCUACAAUUUUGUUUCUGGUGUCCUUUGACAGCUCUUUGGUCUUGGCCAUAGUGGAGUUUGGAGUGUGACUGUUUGAGGUUGUGGACAGGUGUCUUUUAUACUGAUAACAAGUUCAAACAGGUGCCAUUAAUACAGGUAAUGAGUGGAGGACAGAGGAGCCUCUUAAAGAAGUAGUAAGUCUGUGAGAGAAAAAAACACAAAGACUAGCAGCAAAUUUACAUUAACCCUUUUAAACAUACUGGUCAGUGGUCACAGUAUAGCAGUAAACACAUUUCACCUUGUCAGAACAUUGUCCAGAAUCAUUCUACCAAAACAAAAAGAUGUAAAGACUAUCAGUAGAUACUUCCUUCCUGUAAGUGUCUAUGAUUGUCAUCUUUCUUUAAAGAGAUAUUUGACACAACAUGACAAAACAGUCCCUGACUCCCACUAUGUAUUCUUACAGUGGGAGCAUAACUUGAUGCCUGGUUAUGUGAAACAUAGGGGACAGCAUCACAACUCAGUAUUAGAUAAUGCUCAAUAUCAGAGCCAAGCACGAGAAGCCAGCACAGUGCAGAGGACAGACAAUUUAACGAGAAGAAUUUGAAAUGCAUUGUGAACAUAAAACAGUGACACUGUAUGUCCCCCUUACAGUUCAAAUCAUCCAUCCCACUGGCACAGACAGCAAUUCAACGUCUAUUCCACAUUGGUUCAGCGUUGAUUCAACCAGUGUGCCCAGUGGGAUGUUAACAUUAACCAGGUUUCCAGCCAAACUUUUUAUGCGAGUAAAGUACAUGUCGGAUGGAAACAGCAAAUUUGUCGGCAAACUAUCCAAAUGUCGACAAAACAGAAUAUGCUAGACAAGGUGGCAUCUUUUUGUGUUGGUAAAAUGAAUUUUGCAAUAAUUGGUGGUGGAAACCGUUUAUGGCAAAUAUUAAUAAUAACCAUCAGAUCUAAGUAAAUCUAGAGUCAUGCGAUAUGUUGUGUGGUCCUCCCACUAUGAGUAGGGCAUGCGAUAUGUUGUGUGGUCCUCCCACUAUGAGUAGGGCAUGCGAUAUGUUGUGUGGUCCUCCCACUAUGAGUAGGGCAUGCGAUAUGUUGUGUGGUUCUCCCGCUAUGACUUGGGAAAGCAUACAGUUUAUUAGGCUACAGAUGAAAGAAAUGAUGGUGAACUUCACAGGGUGGUGAAAGUGCAAGGUGAUGAGCUUGAAACUUCACAAUUGGUGGCUGACUAAAUACUUUUUUUCCCCACUGUAGGUAGCCUGUUGGCUAGAGCACACAUGCCAAAACCUGGGGGGGAGGGGGGAAUGCGCAUAUUGCUGUUAUGUCGAUUUUAGAAUAUUCGUAUAAAAAUAUGUCGCCAAUUGGAUGGAAACCUAGCUAAUGUCUAACAAAGUGGAAGCCUUUGGCUGAGCAGUUUGGCUGAGCAGUUUGGCUGAGCAGCAGUCCCUUUAAACAUGAUAACACACACACACACACACACACACACAGUGUUUCAGAGGUUCUGCCCCUUCUGCAGUCAUUACUGUUCAGUUCACACAGCUCCCCUCGCUCGGAUCCAGCUCAGACAGGAAUGGGUGCGAAAAAUGCAUGCGACAAUCUCCCCUUUUUCACUCUGACUUUUCUCAGAGAGAGUGAGAGGAAGAGAGCAAAGGACAAACGCAUGGACGUGUAUGUGGACAGUGUUGUGGGUCUGUCUUUGUAUUUAUAAGCAUCUUCAGUGAUAUCUAUGCACUGUGAUGUCUAUUCUUCAGAAUGCAUUAUCUUGCAUAUAUUCCAAACUAGACAGAGGGGUGUAGGUGGCUACAGGAUGUUUUUUUAUCUAUGUGUAUUCCUGUGGAACAGCUACUGUAUGUUUGAAUGUGCAGACUGUGUAAAGGUAAAGAAUGCAUCCAUUUUGAUACAAUUAGGCAUCAUUCCCACCCCAAUUAGCAGAGUUCUGCAGCUCUGGUAUCAGCCUUGCCAGGAUGGAGCUUGUUACUAUGGAAACUGGGCUGGCCUGGAGCUAUCUUGUAGAUAUUGUCUACUAUAUUAUACCUGUGUAUGGGCUGGCCUUUCAAUAUGUCUGUGUGUGGAUGAAUGUAGAUGCACUCAAAAAGACUAGACAUGCUAUUCAAUCACAACCUGUAACCGGGUUUCCUGGAUAAGUGAGACUUAACACUUUUCCCUCUUUGAAUUAAUAUGCUGUUCAGAUAGCAUUCUGGAAAAAUGUAUGAAUUAUACUGCAAGCCCAAGGAGUACUGCAUAGGGGAUAUCUCUCUCUUUCUUGCUCUCUCUUUUUCUCCCCUCUCUCUAUCUUUCUUGCUCUCUCUCUCUCAUUCCAACCACAGUUCUAAAUGGACCACUCUUUGGCUCUAUGUUGUUGAAAGGAUAAUGAUGAUGAUGCGUGUGAUGGCAGCUUUAUCAAUGUUUCACUUUAAAUAUGAACAUAUAUCGGUAAUGUUUACUUGGAUUUGGAAAUAUAGACUCAUAAAUCCAUUCACCACAUUCUUUAUAAAGUACUAUAAAAAUAAACAGGUCAUUUUUCUUUUACAUAUUUCAGCAUUUCAGUUGAAGUGAUUCUUUUGAACUCUUGGGCUCUUCAAUCUGUAUUGCUGAAGCGUUACAGAAAGCGCACUAGAAAUGUAAAGCUAAUUUCCUAUUAAGCUGACACUUACAGCGUUUACCGUGAAUGCAGUCUCUGCUAACGCGGGAACAUUGCCUUUCAAUUUCAAUAACGCAGUAACGCUGAAUUCCCGCGAUAUGGAUUGAAUCGAGCCCCUUGUGUCUUGGUGGUAUGACUGGGAGGAAGAGGCAGGCUGUUUGGUACAUGCAUGUCUUGGAAGAGAGCUCUCCUAAAUGUGUGUUUGAUGCAAAAGAUCUUCAGGGAUAUUUAUGAUUCCUGACUUUAAUACCAAAAAGAUUAUGUUUCUUCAACCAUUCCCCUCUGACUCAAACCCAAUGUAAUAAAAAUAAAACGACAUACAAUCAAGACAUAUUCACAGACAGAAAUGUCAGAUCAAAUGUGGUCCUCUACUCUUACUAUGUGAUAAAGAAACUACCAAGACGAACAAGACUAUAUUUGACAGACUGUGGUUUUCUCUAAGAGGAGUCUGGAUUGUAAACCUCCAGCAACUGUAACUUGUCUAGAAAUAUGUCAUACAGAAUUACUCAAACAGAUAUGGUCAUGACACAACAGACUAGCAAAUCACAAAUUCCUAUAGGUAACCUCCUUUAUCUAUAUAAAAAUAAAUCAGGUAAGACAAUCUAAAAGUGUGGAUAUCUUUUAAACACGUGCACUCAAACACACACACACACACACACACACACACACACACACACACACACACACACACACACACACACAGGCUCAAACACAUACUCACAUAUGACUAAGGCCAGGUUUGGGACUAGGGGGGCACUAGUAAGUAGCUUAUUGGCAUCUUCUGGAAUCCCUACACUCUUAGAAAAAAAGGCGCUACCUAGAACCUAAAAGGUUCCAGGUAGAAACCUUCUGGUUUCAAAUAUAACCAUUUUGGGUUCCAUGUAGAACCCUUUCCAUAGAGGGUUCUACAUGGAACCCAAAAUGGUUCUACUUGGAACAAAAAAGGUUUUUUACCUGGAGCCAAAAAGGGUUCUCUUAUGGUGAAAGGCCAAAGAACCCUUUUGGAACCCUUUUUUCUAAGAGUGUAGUUUACUACAGUGUGAGCUGGGCUGGGGCUCAGGGUGGAAUGGGACAGUGGUCAGCUGAGAUAGAUAGACCUGUAGGAGAAUAUAGGGGAUGACUGUCUUGCUGUUUCCUGCCUCCCCCCUCAUCCUGCCUCACCGCUGAAUUGGACCACCACAGCUUCAACCAACCAACAGACCAUGUCCCUUCCCAGCAUGCUUUGCUUUGACCUGCUCCCACGUCUCCCUGUGGGGCCCCUGCUCAUUUGGGUUUGUGGGAGUUCUUUGCCCAGUUCUGUGGUAGCUAGUGUACUGUGGCUAACAGGAAGGGAGGGAGAGGAGGGAGAGUGGUGUUCUUUAUCUAUCCUACAAGUCUAUUCCCAGAGUAUUCAAUACCACACCAAAGCCCAAACGCUGCCCUGAAUCUCUCUCACUUCCUGGCCCUUUCUGUCCGUUUGUAAAGGGAUUCUGCACAGUGUCUCUUUCCUUCUCUCUCUUUCUUUCUCUCUCUCUAUCACUUUCUCUGCCUUCCACACAGCACCUUGUCCGUGUUUCACUGGAUGUCCCUGACGUAAGUCUUCCUUGCUCCAGCUCCCUUAACGCUGGCCAUGCUAUCCUCUACUCUGCCCUAUCUCUGUAG